CGCCCGCACCGUCAAUAGGUGGACCCCUCCCGGAGACAUAAAACCGCCGGCGCCGGCGCCGCCAGUCCCUCUGGCUGAGACCUCGGCUCCGGAGCCCCCGGCAGAAUGGGCAAGGAGAAGACGCACAUCAACAUCGUGGUCAUCGGCCAUGUGGACUCGGGCAAGUCCACCACCACCGGCCACCUCAUCUACAAGUGCGGGGGCAUCGACAAGAGGACCAUCGAGAAGUUUGAAAAGGAGGCGGCCGAGAUGGGGAAAGGCUCCUUCAAGUACGCCUGGGUGCUGGACAAGCUGAAGGCCGAGCGGGAGCGAGGCAUCACCAUCGACAUCUCCCUCUGGAAGUUCGAGACCACCAAGUACUACAUCACCAUCAUCGACGCGCCCGGCCACCGCGACUUCAUCAAGAACAUGAUCACGGGCACAUCCCAGGCGGACUGCGCGGUGCUCAUCGUGGCCGCGGGCGUGGGCGAGUUUGAGGCCGGCAUCUCCAAGAAUGGGCAGACGCGGGAGCACGCGCUGUUGGCCUACACGCUGGGCGUGAAGCAGCUCAUCGUGGGUGUCAACAAGAUGGACUCCACGGAGCCGGCCUACAGUGAGAAGCGCUACGACGAGAUCGUCAAGGAGGUCAGCGCCUACAUCAAGAAGAUCGGCUACAACCCGGCCACCGUGCCCUUCGUGCCCAUCUCGGGCUGGCACGGGGACAACAUGCUGGAGCCCUCCCCCAACAUGCCGUGGUUCAAGGGCUGGAAAGUGGAGCGGAAGGAGGGGAAUGCCAGCGGCGUGUCCCUGCUCGAGGCGCUGGACACCAUCCUGCCCCCCACGCGCCCCACGGACAAGCCACUGCGCCUGCCCCUGCAGGACGUGUACAAGAUUGGCGGCAUUGGCACGGUGCCCGUGGGCCGUGUGGAGACUGGCAUCCUGCGGCCCGGCAUGGUGGUGACCUUCGCCCCCGUGAACAUCACCACGGAGGUGAAGUCGGUGGAGAUGCACCACGAGGCGCUGAGCGAGGCGCUGCCCGGGGACAACGUGGGCUUCAACGUCAAGAACGUGUCCGUGAAGGACAUCCGGCGGGGCAACGUGUGCGGGGACAGCAAGUCCGACCCGCCGCAGGAGGCCGCGCAGUUCACCUCCCAGGUCAUCAUAUUGAACCACCCCGGCCAGAUCAGCGCCGGCUACUCGCCGGUCAUCGACUGCCACACGGCCCACAUCGCCUGCAAGUUCGCCGAGCUCAAGGAGAAGAUCGACCGGCGCUCGGGCAAGAAGCUGGAGGACAACCCCAAGUCCCUCAAGUCCGGGGACGCGGCCAUCGUGGAGAUGGUGCCCGGGAAGCCCAUGUGUGUGGAGAGCUUCUCCCAGUACCCGCCCCUCGGCCGUUUCGCCGUCCGCGACAUGCGGCAGACGGUGGCCGUGGGCGUCAUCAAGAACGUGGAGAAGAAGAGCGGCGGCGCCGGCAAGGUCACCAAGUCCGCGCAGAAGGCGCAGAAGGCGGGCAAGUGAAGCGCGGGCGCCCGCGGCGCGGCCCCCGC